UCUGGCCAUCCUGGGGCUACUAGAACAUGCAAACUUAUCCGAAGGAGGUUUUGGUGGCCAAAGCUGCAGGAGGAUGUCAAGACUUUUGUUGCUGCAUGUACUGUGUGUGCCCAGAAUAAGGAUCCCAGAACCCACCCUCAGGGACUACUGCAUCCCCUCCCUAUCCCUAAACAUCCAUGGUCACACAUAUCUCUGGACUUUGUCACAGGUCUACCUAAAUCUCAAGGAGCCUGAAGUAUGUGUUCCAGCUGCUGCUCAAAUGGUUCGACGUUGUCGACAGACCUGGCAGAAGGCACGGGCAGCUCUACUGAAAGCUUCUCAACAACAGCGGAGACAAUCAAACCGGAGGCGGAGGCUGGGACCAAUGCUUCGUCAAGGUCAAAGGGUGUGGCUGUCCACCAGAGACCUUCCGCUGCGAGUGGAAUCUCGCAAACUGGCUCCACGUUAUAUUGGCCCUUUUAAGAUCCUCAGGAAGAUAAAUCCAGUGUCUUACCGCCUACUGCUUCCAAGAUCCAUGAGGAUCCACCCAACGUUUCAUGUCUCUCGAUUAAAGCCUGUUGUUUCUUCUUCUCUGUCCCCAGCUCAAAAGCCUGCCCCAGCUGCCCGUAUCAUCAACGGACAACCAGCUUAUACAGUGCGCAGGCUGGUGGAUUCUCGUCUGGUCCGUGGAAAAGUGCAGUAUUUGGUCGACUGGGAGGGUUAUGGACCAGAAGAGCGCUCAUGGGUUCCGGCUCGAGACAUUUUGGACCCUGAGCUUAUUUCAGUUUUUCACCGUUCUCAAAGAAUCCAUCAAGAGAACGUCAGGAGCCGUUCUUAGAAGAGGGACUCCUGUAAGAGUUCACCACUGGACUGUAAUACACCUCCUAGUCAGCAGGUGGCGCCUCUCUCCAGGCUUCUGCUGAACAGCACCUUUCGUUUGCCCUGAUAGGUGACACCUGUGUUUAGCACUAUUUAAUGAGUUUGUGCCAUGCUUGUUUGUUCAGUCUUGAGCCUUGGUUUCCAGUGUCUACUGUGAGAUAAGUCUGUCUUGAGUUUAUGUUUUUGACUAUCACGUCUACUUUGUUUUUCCCUGUUUAUUGGAGUCACUGAUUCCUGUUUUGUUGGACUUUUCCUCAAGUAAAGUUUGAUUUAUUUUUGAAGACUUUUUGACUCUGCCUUUUGCUACCUCUGCACCUGAAUUCAUUUGUUGGGAAGUUAGCUCAGCCUGUCUACACAGAGCACUGAGUCUAGUAGACCUGGGUUCGAUCCCCACUCAAAGCAGAACCGUA